AUGCCCCAAAACGGUUCAUGUACUGAUAUAACAUGUGAUAAUGAAAUCAAAGAAUUAUAUGAAUGUCAUUGUUGUUUAUAUCAUUUGAUUGAACAUGUUGAAAUAGCAAAAACAAUAGAAAUUCUUGAAGAAAAACAAUUAACUAUUGAACGUGAACAAAAUUUACUUGAACAAGCAAAACAAUUUCUUGAUGAAUCCAAUAUUUCAAUCGAUAAACUAGACAACAUUUUUGAAAAAAUUUAUCAAGUCAUAACAUCAAAUUGUUCAAGUAAAAACUAA